AUGUUUACUUCGUUUUAUCGUCUUAUACUAAGCCGUAACUCAUAUACAUCAACAAUUACACGCGUAUAUAGUAUUAGUUCUGCAUCUGUAAGCAAAAUUGAUUCUUAUAACCAAGUAGACUAUAUAAAGUCUAUAGAUGAUACUACCGCGUCCAAUCUAGACUGGUUAUCAGUUAAAAAUAACAUUUUAAGUAUGCGAGGCAACCUUAAUAAAAAAAAUGUUGAUGCAGUUUUAUUAAAGGUUUUAGUUUCUUCUAAGAACCUGAUUGCUGCUUCAUUAUUUGCGCAGCACCUAAAAUCAAGACACGAGGAGCUAAAUUUAGGCUCUAUUAAUAGUAUGUUAUAUAUGUACUCUACCAUUGCUAAGCAACGCGAACUCACGAGUGAAGAGAAAAAAUUCGUUUUGGAUACACAUAAAAAUUUAUAUGAAAAAUAUAAGGUUCUAGACAGUAGCACCAGCGAACAACUUUUGCAAGUUCUUUGCGGCAUAAAUGAAUGGGAAAAAGCAUUACUAGUCUUAGAAGAAAUACAUUUAAGUGCUGUACCCACACAUUUAGCUUAUAGUACAAUGAUUGCUACUUUCUUUAGACUCAACAAAAAGGAAAAGGCUAUAGGUCUAAUAGAGCAAAGCAUUAAAUAUAAGAGGCCGCUUCAACAUAUUGCUUAUGAAGAAUGGAUGAAGUAUAUUGUUAGAAAGUAUAAAGACAAGAAGACAAUAGCAAAAUAUUUGGAUGAAAUCCUAAAACAUAUUGGUACUAAUUGGGCAGUUAUAACUGAAAGUACUGCAAAACAAUUGAGAGACUUGUACAUUUCUUUAGACUGGGAGUCGCAAUUUGCCAGGAUAAGAAAAUCAGAUGGCCAGUGCUCAAGCUGCAAGGAUUCACUGGAUCGCUUAACAUUAUCAGAUGAAGAAUUCAGUACAUUACAGCAAAACAUUAAAGAGAAACUUAUUAUCGGUUCAGAUUUAUUAUUAAAAACCACUCAUGAUGAACUGAAAAGGUUUUUGGAGUCUGUGGAGAGGUUUGCACCCUAUGAUGUUGUUUUGGAUGGAUUGAAUAUAUGCUAUGCUGCUAACAAAGGCCCUCAUAUUGAUAAGUUACUCCUACUUGAAAAUGUAGUAGAUUAUUUUGUCAAGAAAAAUAAAAAGAUCUUGCUUUUAGGCAGACAACACAUGCUGAGGUGGAAUAAAAAAACGAUGGACAGAAUAAAGUUUAAAACUUGUAGUUUUCUCACUGAUAAUUUGUCUCAAGACGAUCCCUUCUUCAUAACAGCAGCUAUAUUAAGUGGCCCACACACAGACAUAGUGUCCAAAGAUUUACUAAGAGGUCAUAAGUUCAACUUAAAAGAUGACACCUUGAAGCAGCUAUUUAAAAGAUGGCAGUGGCAACAUCAAUGGAUGAUUUUCUCAAGUUACCAAAAAGGACUUAUUAUUCAGCCUCCUCUACAAUUUACCCCGUGCGCUCAGAAGCAAGGCACUACUUGGCAUAUUCCUUUCGAAAGUGAGACAGUAGCAGCGACGGCGGUGGUCAUUAAUUUAUGGCUCAUCAUGCCGCCACAAGUAAAAAGUAACUCUAAGCAAGGCAAGAAAGGAUCAAAAACUGAAGUAAGCUCAAAUGCACCAAAACCAAAUCAAGCAAGAUCACACAAUGAUAUUCCAACAAACGCUCGUCUGCGUCGGAACUUAGAAAGGGUAGAGAUGUUGGCCCGACCAACGUCUCGUCGCCUCCGCUCCUUAUGGGACGAGAAAUGCGCAAUACUGCCACGCGAGAAGAGGGACAAAAUCAAAAGUGCUUUAGAAGAGGACUAUUUCCUCAGUCCAGAACAAACAGAGCAGUACUUCCAAGCAAUGCAAGACCCGUCGAGGCGAUGGUCUGGACCAGCGGGCUUACUUAAUAAAAAAGAAAGUCCGGAUAAGAGUAAAGAAUUAAGGCAGAGGCAAAAAUGGCUUGUUAAUUUUAGUGCACAGGUGGCGUAUCGUUUAUGUGACUACAUAGCUAAGGGUCAGAAGGAAAUGUUGGUGUCUAACAGACUGCGAAGCAUAGCUGACGUCGUCUUGGAGAGAGUAGCUGAGAUUUUGGGUGAGCCAAAACCAACACGUACGAAUCCUGGACGCCUUCCCCGAUUCAUGGUGGCGAUAUCUGACAGGAUUGCAGUCUGGAUAGAAAAUGCUGUGUAUAGAGCAGAUGCAAUCGAACCUCUCGAGGCUGGUGGUGAUGAGCAUAUGCGUCUUGAUGCUGAAAAACCUUUUGUUUAA